GAUCGAGUGUUUGCGCAUUUGAAUAGAUACAUAAUUUCCCAUGAAUGCGUGGUUAAGUCGGGUUUAGUGUAAUAUUUUGUGCUUUAUCUACAUCAAACUAUCGGCUUCGUAGCCGGUGAUCAGCAACCAUUCCAACACCCAACAGUAAUGAACCCCUAGAAGUGGAUUGCAUGGGUGCAGCAAAGCAGAACAACCCCACCGUGCGAUCUCAUUUUAUACCAGCCGCCAAACGUGCUCUGUACCACCGUCUGCUACUGAAGCACCUUCGAAUAGCUGUUCCCAUCGUAAAACAGAUACCAGCCGGUUUACCAAAUAACGGACGCUGGAAGCUGCGGAAUCUCUACUACCGUCUGAUGCACAAAGGUUUUCUUGCGCAGCGGUUAAAUGCUCACCAUCGGGGAUUCUGCCUAAUAUUGAAUAAGCGUUUCGGAAUUCCACGACAGCAAGGAACUAUUCCUAGUUAUUUUCGAAAGUGCAUAAUCAGGCAAAGGCGUUUGGAAAAAUAUGCAAAAGCAGAUCAAGAAGAAGUAAAGCUUCCACAAAUCGACCAUUAUAUCAGCAGUGACGACUGUGUAUUGGUUGAUGAGGAAGAUCAACCAAGGCGAAAGAUAAAGAAGCAGGUAGAGAUUCCAGAUCCAACAAAAUUCUCAAUUCUAAAACAAGAGAUCAAAGAGUACUGUGAGGUGCAGGAGAAAAUACAGUUUAUGCUUUCAAUGUUGCGAUCUCGGAUCAAAGAGUUAGAAUAUGAUGAUGCCGCGGACGAACAAGCAGCAGUCGAAGAACCGGUGGUAUCGACGAUAAAAUGUGAAGAACCUGAACUUGAUACUGCGGAGCUGGAAUCCAUAGCAGAGAAGUAUUAUGAUAAUUCCGACAAUGAAGACACUAAAGAAGGAGUUGUCGGAAAAGGUGUGUUUAAUGAUGAUUCUAUUGAUGUGGAAGAAGCAGAAUCUAAGCCAGAAAUUCUUUUUGUUGAUGCAAAUGUUUUUCAAGAUGACAGCUGCGACGAAAAAAAGAUGGCGCAGACAGAUUCGAAGGAAAACUUGAUACCAUUGAAAAGCCUUAAAGAUAUCUCCAAAACAGAUCUACUUGAUCCAACGUUUAGUACAAUAAAGCUGGAACCCGUGGAGAAAAAGAACUCUGUUGUUGAUUCGUUGUUCAGCAAGUUUAAUUUAAAGCUCCCAGAUUCCCCAGCAAAAGCAAGUGUCAACCCACCAACAGAUGAAGACGAGUCAAUGAUAGGUCGACUACGGGAUCGCAGUAAGAUUGCUUACAAACCACGCUAUGUGGAUGACGAUGAACCGAAAAAAAUCCGCCCAUCAAAGAUUUUUGAUAAGAUCCAUAAAAGUCUUAACUUAGAGUUAGAUAAUACGAAUUCCAAUUCAUCAACGGAAUUUUACGGGUUCGAUGAGGGUGAGGUGGUUAAGCUUGACAAACCCAGCGUGCCAGGUCUACUACCGACGCCAAUAGUAAAAAAAUCUCGACCUGAUGCACCGUUUCUAGCACAUGGUACCAGUUUUGAGGAUAUUAAAAUAGAAAACCGAGAUGAUCUGUUCCGAGAAGAAGGUCUGAUUUCGUUUGGCUCCCUGCCGCCACGGCUAAAAUGUCCCCGGCGACCGGAUGAUAUGGUUAGACCGAGGACUGUAGCUCAAAAGCGUAUACUGCUGCAGAAAAAGAAUGACGUUCGCUACCUCAUGAUCGAUAACGAGUCUAAAAUUUUUCACGAACUGGAAAAACGAAGCAAGAACAUCGACGCCGAGCUGGACUUUGAACGCAUGUUAGAGUUGCAAAACCAAAACAUCCCCUUUACUCGUGAUACGUGGCGAGCACUUGCUUGGCUGAGAACCGAAAAAGGAAAAUAUUUCUUCCAAACGCUACGUGUUGACAACCAUUCCAUUAAACUGAGCGGAUGCAAAGGCAAUCACAUCAGCAAACGAUACGGGAAAAAGCAGUUUUCCGUUCCAUCGACAAUUUCUCGAAAACUGCUGUGUCGAUGUCCGGAAAUACCAGAGAACUUUCUCCAGGAUCUCAGUCCAAUUAUGCAACCAUUAUCUGAAGUUAAACUUGAACAAGAAGACAUUGAAGCGGUGGGUUUUGAACCGGAUAAAAAGCUACUCUGCAGUAACACCACCAGUCGAGUAACGUCCAACAUAAGACCAGGUCCUCUUUCAUCCAAACUGAAGUACAACCAGGAACCUAGAAAGAUAACCGAAGAAGAUGCCUAUCUAGGGCCGUUGGAAAUUCUCGAGAUGCCUCGUGUAGAGAUCGAAGUUUUUCCGCGUAUCGAUCGUCCGCUGGAUCCAGCUGUAAAACCCUACCUUAAAAUGAUUUUACCUUUUCGAGAGAUCACAGAAAAAUGGGCCCGAUUCGCUGUGUCUACUCUGAAAACACCGGAUCGCGAUGAAGCUGAAGGGUCAUUUUCGUUCUCGCUGCCGUAUAGUAACAAUCAGCGUCGUCUGCUUAUACGACGUCGCCUGCAGGAUCAAACGAGCAAACGUUCGCGACUGCUGUCAUCAGCCGGAAACCGCCAGAAGUUCGAAUCAGAAUUGGAACAACCGUUAACGUUCCGUAAGCAUUUGGAUGCCAGCGAUGACAACUCAAAGGAGGUGGACCCCGUAGAGAAGGAGUGUGCUGAUAUUUUGUCGGAGAUGACCAAUGCUGUUGCAAUUGGACUCGCCGAUGAAUUGUUUAUUGGUUGUGAUCCCGAUUGCGAUUACGGUAAGGAGGAUAAACCACUCAACAAAGCGACUAACGGAAACGUUUCUGCCGGUCUCGACGGUGGUAAAACCAGCGAAUGUGCAGCCAAAUCGAAGCGUAUGCUUCGUGAGAUGAAACGCCUUAACGCAACUAUUAUCGAAACUAUUCCGGAACAAAGUGGUGCUGCAGGUUCCGAUCCAAAGUCACGCUGCGAUUUAAAGUAUUGCUCAAAGGGCUGCAUAUGCGACGUGCUAACUGGCGGACGUCACAAAACGAUACUUGGAAGCAAUGCAAUUAGCGGGAACGUACAUUGCAACAAAAUUGAUUGUAUUUUUGAAUGCGAAUGUGGCUUUGAAACUAAAAAACGAAUAGCAGAGCCCGCUGGAAUGCAGGACAUGUCAGCUGAUCUUAGUUCGUUGUCGAACGAAGAUGUGAAGUAUUUGCGAGAUAGAGCGACGGCUCGACUAGCCAAAGAAGAACGAGAGUUCACACCGACUGUGAUAAUGACAACCAACAGUACCGUUCUAGUGCGGAAUGCGGAAAUGGAAGCGCGAAGGCAUAAAAAGAAGCCGAAGAAGUAUGACGAUUACUAUAAUGGAGAUAGUGUAAGAAGUAUCUUGAACGGUAUUAUUCCGUCAGAGUCGGAAGCUAAUCAACGUGACACUUCGGUAGAACGUUCUGGAAAAAGUGCUCCACCAGCCGUUGUUGAUCGCCCAUUGACUAUCCUAGACAAGAUUCGCCAUAGUCAUGUAGUGCUCAAUCGGUUGCAAGAUCUGAAUGAAAUUGAGCCGUGGUGCAUGAUCCACUGCCUUUACAGGUGCUACUGUAAUGGAAAUGCUACGUCAGGGAAACCAUUUAAAUUCAACGAAGAAAGCGCUAUCGUGCUGCCAGCUCCAGUAAAUAUUCCUCCGGAUCCGUUAUUACAGGUCUACGAACCACGUCGAAGACGACUGUAUUCAUUUGAAAAACCUGAAGAAGAAGUAGUUGUACACCAAUCACCACGCAAACGAGAUAGUUCAGAGGAAUCGUACAAACCUUGGAACGAAAGAAGAAAGAAGAAGCGGCGGACAGGAGAAUAUUCUCAACAAAGAACGUCUUCCGAAGGAGGAGAAUAUAGUGAAUCUGCCAACCUAUCGAGAAAAGCUUCACACGAAGAUAUUAAUUCCGAUGAAGGCUCAACUUGCAGACGGGUAGUUUCUGUCAACAGGAAUUAUUAUAAAACAAGAAAUUACUAUCGAAAGGAACGUUAUCAGCGCGAUAUAGAAGAGCUGAAGCGCAAAAAUCCCUCCGCUGAGAAGCGCUUGAAAUAUCUGUUGGAACGAUGUGAAAGAUCGUUCCUACUCGAGCGCCGAAAGGAGAUGGAUGCAUCACAGAAGGUAGCCACUAAGACAAGAAAACUAAGCGAAGGAGAUAAGACAGGACCAACGAUUGAGCCUAUCCAUAUAGACUUAGUCGGAGACGACGAUAAAUUCGCAAACCAUACCUUGUUCAGUCCACUAUUGGACACCAAUAAGCUUCUCAUUUCCUGUGGAAAAAAGAAGUAUUAUGUAGAAUGCGACGCGAUUCGAAAUGGUAAAAUCAACUUAAAUAGUAUUGCAAGGAAAUUCCGCACGACAGUUUAUGUAAUUAGAAAAGUUGCAAAAGCAUCACAAGCCAAAAGCAUCACGUUUACUUAUAAGAAUGAAACAAUCAUUUUGCAUGGCCGAGCCUACAGCCGCAAUCAACCGUACGAGCUACCAGCGAACGAGCAUGUGGAUUUAAACUCCGACAGUGAUGAGCUCUCCAGCAGUGCAUCUCUAGUGCAAGACACAUCUGGAGAAAACGAUGCUCAGAAGCUGAUGCUUGAUCAGGUUAAUUCUGAUAUUAUGCACACAAUGCAACAUAUUCGCGAUAUGCUGCGAAAAAAUACUGCUAAGCUGAAUCCACCUAAGAAAGGCAUAUUAUACCUAUUUCGAUGGGAGAAAUUCCUCCAGGCAUUCAACGAAGAAAUGGUAGAUGUUUGGGAUAUAACGUUCCAAAGUGGAUCCGAGCUAGUUGUUAUUACAUCUGACAGUGGCAAAAAGAACCCUCCUUCCUUCAAAAACUCGAAGUCCAUACGACAAGCCCGGCGCUGUAACUUCGAAACCAAAGGGGUUUCGCUGUUAACACAAAUGGUGCUCUAUCAGAUAGAUAAUCCUGAAACCAACAAACUAUCGUUAGUGCUUUUUGGAACAGAAAAUUACUGGCGAUUCUGCGGCUUUGUGAAAGCCGGCACUAACAGUUUAGAACAUGGCAUAGAAGUCCGGCCAACUCCAGUAAGUCAUCCAAAAUUGGCCCCAAAAAUUAAUCGGUAUUUCGAAGCAUAUGUUGCCAAUAAGAAAAAUCGCGCGGCGUCAUCUGCUGCUACUCCUGCUGUUCCUGUAGCAAUGCCUGCUCCGAAGACACAUACAGUUAAGGUUCCGGUUCCAAUCAAAACAGAGAAUGAUAAUCUUGCCCAAAAUAUCGAAAAACCAAUCCGAAAAUCGCUAUCCGGAGCAAUCGCACAGAAGCUGCCUAGCAUUAAGACGAAUGUCAAACUAAUGGAGACGAAAAUCAAAGACUUCAAAAACAUCGCCAUCCCAAACGUUGGAACUCGCCGCUGGUUUAUGCUGAACGUAAUCAAUGAUUUCAGCGAUAUCUACAUACCAAGCUGGAAGUCCUGUCUUACGUACGGUCGAAUCCAGCAAGCGAUCCACCUAGCCAACCGCUACGGUAAAACGGUUAAGCUAACGUCGAUUGUGAUGAAAAGCAACCAGGAAGAUGUGUUGCCUCAGAUCUAUGCCGCACCCGGGCAAGGAAACUGCAUCUUCCUUGGACCGUACAAGUACACACAAAACAUCGAUUUGAUGUUGUGCCAGAAUGUGGACGGUAAAAUGUUCACCAGGGAAGAAUACGAGAAAAACAAUCAUAUUGUGCGAACGGAGCAGACCACCGGCUCGUGGCUGUACAUGAAGCCGAAUGUGUCGCCUAAUUUACAAGCGACGAUUCCUCCGCCUACGAAAACAGAAACAGUACCAAGCGCUGACAGUGAUGAUUGUGUCGUAAUCGACGAUGAUGAGGAUGGAGUCGAAGAAAACAAGAUCGAAAAACCGAUGCAAACUGCAUCAAUUGCAUCUAACCAAUCAGUGAUGGAUAUUCCAGAUACAUGCAAAAAUAACAGCCAGCUAGAAUCAUUAAUCCAUCAGCUCUAUGACGACUCCGACUCAGAUGAUGGUGAGAAACCGGAAACUUCAAUAUCUCAACAACCGGUACCUGAAACAAUUACACCCGACGUUGAUGACCCUUCUAAAAAUCAGCUGUCGAAGAUUGUUGAAAAAACAAUCGCAGAAAGUAAGCAACUUCAGGCAAAAGCAAUAUCGGUUGAUAAAGCUUCAACGAAACGGUUGUCUGGGACUGGAUCCUCUGCCGAUUCAUCAGCACCAGCUGAUCACCAGAAGCAUGUAAUGACCCAAUCCGCACCUAAUAUCAAAGCACCUCCUCCACUAAAACGAAAAUCCACUAGUGAAAUUGAGCUUAAGGCUACAGCAGUUGAGAAAACGAAAAAAGCACGCACAUCGUUACCUGCUCCAUCUGCCUCGAAUGCCUUAGCUGAUGAUAUUGUAUGUCUUGAUGACGACGAAGAUAACAAUGAGGACGAACGGCGGAAAUUAUCAACAGCGCCCUCGCCUAGCAAAAAAAAUCCAUCCAGCACUACGAUUCUCAACAGUCAACAAGCCGCUUUGAUAGCAAGCAAAAUCAACCUGCUCAAUCCGAGCCAAAAGGGUGUCGUGUACAAUCCUUCAACAGGAGUUUUGCGGAUUAGGCGAUCCCUCAUGAACAGCAUAACCGAAGGUUCCACGCUGGAUAUGCCCACUGCAACAGCUGGUAGUUCAAAAGCGCAGACUCCGACAAAUCCAAACGUGAAAGAUAACGCCAGCUCCGGUAGUUUGGUGCCGAGUUCCAUUAUCACUCCACCGACUACACCUCAAGCACCGCAAACACAAGGAUUAGCAAUGCUUAAGAAAACUCGUAUUAUGGCACCAAUCACUCCAACGGAUGGAGUGUUGCGUAGCAACAUACCCGGUCUAGGCUUGGUACCGGUAACCUGGUGCUCCAAAGAUAUCGUAGUGAAAGUGCGUGAGCUAUCCGUUCGACACCAGUUUGUGCGGCUAUCUAAUUACGAAGCAGCUAUCUUGCUACUGAAUCGAUUUAUUCGGAAAAAUACAUACACAUUCAAACCUUUCUCACUUAACAUCGAUUGGAAGUUCGAAGCACGAUCGGAACCUUUACCACCGGAGGAGAAUCUUAUCAGUACCAUCAGUCUGAGAUGUAUUGUUUCAACAGAUGGCAUAAUAGAUCUGUACAAAGCGAAUGAAAUUCUGGCUUUCCAAAAUUCCAAACCAAACUUUUAUGAGGAACUUUUGCUACUACGACUAUCGAUACUUUGCUGUAAAAAAGAGCAAUACGAAAAGGAGAUGUGCCAUAAGUAUUUCGAAAACAUAUUCGUCAAGGCUACAAAUUCGAUCAAGGAGCUUAAAUCUGCAUCGGAGGCAUUAACGACGCAGAGUGACUUUCUGCGUGAGCAGCAGGGCAUGCGACGUUCAUACUUAAGAAAGCUGAAAGCCAACACGAAUGUUAGUACGCUACCAGUAAGCUCUAAACGAGUUUCUGUCCCGCAAGCUACACUAGAGCGUAUAUCGAAUGCGAUUCCAGUAGCACAGACCUCGGAAACUGACCAGGCCUGCGAGAAAUCAAAGCAAAAAGAAGCUGUGAUUGUAAUCGAUGAUGAUUAAGUUCCUUUUAUUUUCCAAACGGCAACCCUAGCGCUGCAUGAUUGGGUAAGUGUUACUUAUUUUAGACUACUUUUUUUCACGUUGAAAACGAUUCUGUUACAAUCUAAUUCCAACAAACAAAAUUCAUGCACUAGUCUGCUGGCUAAGUUUAUCUCAGUUCAGUCAAAUUGUCUUUUAUUCUGAUUUUUCAUUUUGGUUUUUAAGAAUAAAAGCUUAUUGGUUCAGCCUCAGACAAAACUUUUUAGCAGUUGUAAAUAGCAUGGGAAACGCAUAUCUAUUUAUCAAGAUUACGGAUUAGAUCUCGUUAAGCGCAAAAAAUUUGCUUGCUUAAUCGUAAGUAAAUAGUAAAACUCGAACGUUUUUGUUUCAGUUAUUAAAUAAGCUAAGUUAAACAGGUAUUAUAACCAUCACAAUAAACAUGUAGAA